AUGCCGAGAUUGUUGGCCAAAGUCGAAGGACGAGGAAACGGAAUCAAAACGGUGAUUUCCAACAUGUCUGAAAUUGCUAAAGCUCUUGAGAGACCACCAAUGUGUAAGUUAUCAACUUUGUAACUGAAUAUAAAACAUUUGUAUUUUCAGACCCAACAAAGUACUUUGGUUGUGAACUCGGAACUCAAACCAAUUUCGACGCGAAAAAUGAACGCUACAUUGUCAAUGGUGAACACGACGCAAACAAAUUGCAAGAUAUUCUUGAUGGUUUCAUCAAACGAUUUGUUUUGUGUCCAGAAUGCGAUAAUCCGGAAACUGCAUUGUUGGUUCGAAAAAACUCGAUUCACAGCAAAUGCAAAGCUUGCGGACAUGCUUUCGUCAUUGAUCCACGUUUCAAAUUGUCGGCGUUCAUUAUAAAAAAUCCACCGAAAAUUGAUAUUGAUUUCUCGAAAGCAGAAACAAACGGAAAAAAGACAUCAAGUGCAACUGAAAACGGAACCGCUGAAGUCGUCGAAACCAAUGGAACUGCUGAUAAAAAUAGUUCCAACGAUGAAGACGAUGAUUGGGAACCGGAACCACUUGCACCAAAUGGCGCAUUGUCAACUGGAAUGGGAAAAUUGGUGUUGGACAAGGAUUUAGAUAAGAGCGAAGAAGAACGCCUUGAUAUGCUUCAUAAUUUCUUUGUGAAUGCAAAAGCUGCUGGAAAGAUCACCGAAUCCAAGGAUCAAAAAGCAUUGUUGGAUGAAGCUGAAAGAUUGGAAUUGAAAACCAAAGCCUCGUUGUUGUUGACAUUGGUUUUGUUCGAUGAGAAUCUGUUGGCUGAUAAGCAAAUCUCAAACAAUCGUAAUCUUUUCCUUCGUUUCACUUUGAAUGAUAAGAAAGCUCAAAGAUAUUUGAUGGGCGGAAUCGAACAAGUCAUUCAAAAACAUGAAAAUGUUUUGUUGGCCAAAUCUGCUCAUAUUAUCAAAGAGCUCUAUGAUUCGGAUGUUUGCACUGAAGAAGCAUUAUUAUCGUGGGGAGAUAAGCCAUCAUCAAAAUAUGUCUCUAAAUCUUUUGCACGUAAGAUCAUUGAACAAGCUGCGCCUGUAUUAACUUGGUUGAAAGAAGCGGAAGAAGAAAGUGAAGAUGAAAGUGAUGACGAUAUUGCGGUUAGUUUUAGGUUGAAUAAGAAUGAACUUAAAUUAAUUUUUCAGUUCGGCGAAGAAAACAAAGAAAGUGAACUUCUUCGCAAACAACGUGAAGAUGCUGCUCGCAAAGCCGCCGCCGCUGCUGCUGCUCCAAAAACCAAUGGCAAUGCUGGAGCAGCCGAAGAAGAUGACGAUGACUUCGAUAUUGAAAAUAUUUAG